ACUAAUAAGUGAUCCUCGUCUUAGCGGUCAAAUGGACGGCUCAAAUUAGACGAACGCGCACCCAUCAACUACAUCGCAGCCGUACACUAAGAUUGCAGCAGAGCCUACCCAAUAUAAUGAAAAAUCCGUAAUGGAGAUAAAAACGCCUGAUAUCUUUCGACAAAGCUAAGAAGCGAGUUGAUGGGACCGGGAACUUGGCGCUGUGGGCUUAGGGUUUUGCAGAGACUGGAGUGUUGCUUUUAUGCCCUAGCAUGCCCUAGAAUCGCUGGCCCUUUGAAGUUUCAGAAGAGGAGGUGGGAUUAUGGCUAUGGAAAAACCAUUGGUUUGAAAAGUGUGAGAUGUUUCUGUUCGGAUGCUAAGAAUGGGAAGAAGCGCGUGAUUAUUAUAUCUGGGCCUACUGGCGCUGGAAAGACCAGGCUAGCGCUUGAGCUUGCCAAGGAACUUAAUGGCCAAAUCAUCAGUGCGGAUUCAGUUCAGGUCUACCAAGGACUUGACGUGGGAUCUGCAAAACCUUCGCCUAGUGACAGAAAGGAAGUACCCCACCACUUACUUGAUAUCUUAGACCCUUCUGAAGAUUACUCUGUUGGGCAAUUCUUUGAGGAUGCGAGGAAAGCUACCAAAGAAGUAAUUGAAAAUGGCUAUGUUCCAAUAGUUGUUGGUGGUACGGGAUUGUACUUGCGAUGGUAUAUAUAUGGCAAGCCAAAAGUGCCAAAGGCAUCUCCAGAGAUUGCUUCUGAAGUUGACUCAGAACUCAUGCUUCUACAGAGGAAUGGGGAAUGGGAUGCUGCUGUGCAACUGCUAAUUAAGGCAGGGGAUUCAAGAGCUUGUUAUUUGCCUUCUAAUGAUUGGUAUCGCCUCCGACGUAGUCUUGAAAUUAUCAAGGCCACAGGAUCUCCGCCUUCUGCUUUUCAUAAUCCAUAUGAUUAUUUUAGAAAACAAUUGGAAUCAAAAGCAUCAGAUCCCUUUUGUGAUAGUAUUUCUUCUGCUGACGCAAGUGGAGAAAACCUUUUCGAGAACUUGGAUUAUGAGUUCUUGUGCUUUUUCCUUUCAUGUCCAAGGAUGGAUCUUUAUAGACUAAUUGACUUGCGCUGUGAGGAGAUGCUUAAAGAAAGUCAGGGAAUUUUGUUUGAGGCCUCAUGGCUUCUUGAUAUGGGUCUUCUUCCUAACACCAAUUCAGCAACUCGGGCAAUUGGCUAUCGUCAAUCCAUGGAAUACUUGUUAAACUGUAGACAAGACGGGGGUAGGAGCUCUGCUGGUGAAUUCAUGGCUUUUUUAUCUGAUUUCCAGAAGGCAUCCAGAAAUUUUGCAAAAAGGCAAAUGACAUGGUUCCGCAAUGAGCAUAUCUAUCAGUGGCUUGAUGCUUCGAAACCAAUGGAAACAGUCCUAGACUUCAUCGUCAAAUCAUAUGUUGACCAAACGAUAAGUUUGGAUGUGCCUAAGCAGCUGAGAAUCAAUAAAGAUCUUUCCACUCAAAGGGAAGUCCUUGACAUGAAGUCCUAUCAGACUAGAAAUAGGCAUUUUGUCCAGCGCGAUGACUGUGCACGCAUAUUAGAAUGGAUUAAGAAGACCCAAACACAAGUUGAGCAUGUGGGAGACGACUUGGGGAAGCAUUUGGAUUACAAAGAAAUAGGUAGCUCAAGCAAUAGAAUAUCCAUGGAAAUCAAGGGUUUGUGAUUGAUUGAACACUGUGUUAAUGAUAGUUACUACUAAUUCAAAAAGCUACCAAAGGGGGCAUCAGUUACAAUGCAGUUCCUUCAUGCCAACGAUUAUGAUAUUAAGGUUCUUUGGCCUAUGCAUGUGAAAUUGAAGAAAAAGGAUGAUGCAUCAUAUUGACAAAUUUUGGUUACUAAGAUUGUGGUUUGCCUUUACCUUGUUUUUGGCUCUCAAAAAGUAAAAGAUUUGGCCAGAAGUACCAUGUACCUUUGGAUGCAUCCCAAAACCCUGUAUGAAUCCCAGUUUACAAUA